AUGCUACGGCCCUACCGUGCACAGCUUAGUAGCUGCUUGGUCAAGGGCAUCUUUCUGCGUUCUGCGCAUCGCAUCGCAUCGCAUCGCAUCGCAUCGCAUCGCCGGCGGGCCUCACACCUUGGCCACACCCUGGGUUCACCGAUGAUGGCCAGGUUUGUCUGGAAGGGUGGAGGGGGGGAAAGGGGGGCACGGGGGUGGAAGAGAGAACCCGCACACUCUUGCCUGCCUGGCUGCCCUGCCCUGCCCUGCACUGCACAGAAUGGAAGCAGAGAGAGGGGGAAGCUUACCUUACCUUGGAUGCUUGGAGAAUCGAGAGGCAAGACUGACGAGAAGGGGGAGUGGGAGUGGGAGGUGGCAUAA